ACUGCUUCAUUAAAGAUGCUUUAAUUGGAGGCUUAUUUGCCUGUGAAGGGUUUGGAAACAUUGGGGUUAAAGGCAAAUUCCUGAGCGGCGUUAACAUGGACGGUCAGCGGGGGCAACAAUAUGAGCAGCUCCCCUGCAGACCCCCCACAGAGAGACCUACAGAUGGAUUUACAGUGUCCAACUUUAAGAAUCCAGGAGCGAUGCAGGACGCCUGUGUCUGGAUUGUCAGAGCUUCCGUCCUCCUGCUGUUGCUUUGGUCGGACCUCCUGGACUGCCAACACACAGCAGAUCACAGGAAGAGGGAAGAGCCCCAACAGGAGUUCAGGGCAGAGCAUGGGGAAGUUCAGGGCUCCUGGGGGGCCUGGGGGCCCUGGUCAACCUGCUCCCGGACCUGUGGGAGCGGGGUACAAGAGCAGAGCAGGCCCUGCCUGCCUGUUUACACUCCAUCACAAUACCCCUCCAGAAGAGCUGGUGUUCACCCGCAGCAACCAGGCCAUGUCAUUUCAGCCCUGCGGCCGACAGUUCCUCUGCACCGCAACGCAGGCAGGUCCUCCAACAGCAGCAGUCGUGGAGCUCAGAGGGAGGAGACCCGGCCUGGUGGACGCAGGAGGGUCCCUCACAUCAUCCCGGGGAGGUACGGCUACGGGACAGCUCCUUAUGUUGCUCCAUUGCAGACGGACACAGGCCGCAGACAGAGACGCUCUCCUGCAGCUGAAGCCCACCAACACUCCAACAACCUUCAUCGCUACAGCCGACCCUACGUGCAGCCAAGGGCCCAGCAGCCCAGAAAUAACCAAGUGUGGGCCCCCCUGUACCAGCCGGGAUCAGCCAACCAGGAGCCACCAUCAAGCGGCCAGACGUCUGGACCCCAGCAGCAUCAAGAGAGACCCUACAACCCCCUGCCGGGUUCCCGCUGCACAGGGGAGCAGGCUCACUACAGGAUCUGCAACAGUAAUGCGUGUCCUCCAUCCAGCAGACACAUCAAGGCUGUUCAGUGUUCUUCGUACAACAACCAACCGUUCAUGGGCAGAUUGUACGAGUGGGAACCUUUCAACGAGGUUCUCGGGGAUCAGCAUUGUGAACUCAACUGCCGGGCCGUCGGGUUCAGGUUCUACGUGCGGCAGUCGGAGCGGGUGAUCGACGGGACGCCGUGCGGGAAGAACGAUACUUCUCUCUGCGUGGCGGGAAAGUGUUCGGGUCUCGGCUGCGAUGAGUAUCUCGGAUCAGGAAAGGUGAUGGACAAGUGCGGCGUGUGUGGAGGCGACAACACAACCUGCAGGCUGGUCUCUGGAGUGUUUAAACACAGUUUAACUAAGAUCGGCUACCACAAGAUAUUGGAGAUCCCCGAGGGAGCCACCAAGAUCAACGUCACAGAAAUGGUGAAGAGCAGAAACUACUUAGCUCUCCGAAGCCGAUCGGGGCGAUCCAUCAUUAAUGGAAACUGGGCUAUUGACCGGCCAGGGAAGUAUGAGGGAGGGGGCACCAUGUUCACCUACCGCCGACCCAACGAAAUCAGAAGCACUGCUGGGGAGUCGUUUCUCGCCGAAGGGCCCACCAAUGAGAUCCUGGACGUUUAUAUGAUCUUCCAGCAGCCAAACCCUGGUGUUCACUACGAGUACAUUGUCCACUCGGAGAAACCAGUCGUCCCUCAGCAACCAGACCGACGACCAGGAGGGAACGCUGUUAAUGGACAGGGGGGAUACGACCCUCACAGCAACACUCACCAAGAAAACUACAAUCCAGCAGGUGGGGGGUGGGACCCUCCUCGUCUGCCCGACAACCAGGUUCCCGCCGUACAGCCACCCAGACGCACGAGAGAGUACAACUGGAAAAUGUCUGGUACUACAGAGUGUAGCGCCUCCUGUGGUAAAGGCUUCAGAUACUCCGUCUUCCACUGUGUCUCCCGGCUGAACCACGGCCAGGUGUCGGAGGCUUUGUGUGACAGCAGCAGCAGACCGACUCCUCAGGAAGAGGCCUGCAACCUGCAGCCCUGCCCGGCCUUCUGGGAUAUUGGAGAGUGGUCAGAAUGCAGUAAAAGCUGCGGCCUGGGAAUGCAACACCGGCAGGUUCUGUGUCGGCAGGUUUACGCAAACCGCACCCUCAACGUCCACACGAGCCGCUGUCAGCACCUGGAGCGACCCGAAAUCACCAGCACCUGCCAGCUGAAGAUCUGCAGUGAGUGGCAGAUACGCUCCGAGUGGACCGCGUGUUCGGUGCCCUGUGGGCUGGGUCAGAGGUCACGAGAGGUCCGCUGUGUCAGCAACGUGGGCGACUUUGUUCCUGACGACGAGUGCAACAUGAAUCUGCGGCCCAUCGAUGUAGAAAACUGCGACAUGGGACCCUGUGCCAAGAGCUGGUUCUACACUGAGUGGGGCAACACGUGCUCGGCUGAAUGUGGGAUGGGCGUCCGGUCCCGGGGAGUUCUCUGCCUGACCAACCACCUCAGCAGUCUUCCUCUGGAGGGCUGUGGCAGCGAGCAGCCCGCGAACUCUCAGGUCUGCAACAACGGCCUGUGUGAGAAUCGCAUCGAGUGGUUCACAGGCCCCUGGAGCCAGUGUUCUGCAGAGUGUGGUGCAGGCAGCCAGCAGAGGGCAGUGGUGUGUCUGAUGAAGUCAGAUGAAGGAGUCGCCGUCAUGCCGCCGUACGAGUGCUCCUCGCUGGACCGGCCCCUCAGCCAGCAGAGCUGUAACCUCAAGGCCUGCGGAGCAAAGUGGUACCACACCGACUGGAGUGCUUGCUCAAAAACAUGCGAGGGAGGUUUCCGUGUGCGGGAGGUGCGCUGCCUCUCUGACGACAUGCUGCCCAACGAGGGCUGCGACGAGCAGCAGAGACCGGCAGGGAAGGAGGACUGCAACCCCGAGCCCUGCAUACCUACCAUAGACGAGAAGUGCAGAGACCAAUACUUCAACUGCAACGUGGUGGUCCAGGCUCGCCUCUGCGUGUACGAUUACUACAAGACCACAUGCUGCGCUUCGUGUUCACGAGUGGCUCACAGACAGUCCGUUCAUCGGGGCCGCAGCUAGCACUCUCCACCCGCUCCACGUCGGGCCAGACUCGAUACCCGCUGCAGGCACUCUGCUCCUGGGCCAGCCGGGGGGGUGCACCGGCAGGACCUUGGCUUUAAUGGACACUUGUUAUGACUGCCAAGGAUGGAAAGUGAAGAAGGGACAUUUCUGUUGGGGUGUUUGGAGACAGCUGUUGGGGGAGAAAGGAAAAAGCUAAGAAUAGUGGAGGAGAGGAAUCCACUCACUGGAUACACAGAGUCCUGGGGGGUCACAGGUCACAGGUCAGCACCUGCAAAACACUUUGUGGAUUUUAACCUCAAAGUUUGAUAGAAAGAAUCCGUUUUGGUUUCAAGGCGAGAAGUUUGCAGCCGAAGAGGAGAGCGCCUGUAAACUGUUUAAGGUGGAUUAUAUUUACAAAGUAUGUUAUUAUACUAAUUUGGUUAUUUUUCUCUUCAAUGCUCAGAUUUAUGGCAUGAUGUCACAUGAAGUCUCACUUAUAAUCAACUAUUUAACACCCAUGUUGUUGACCAAAGAAAUGUAACUCGGGCUGCAACUAACGAUUCUUUUCAUUAUCGAUUCAUCUGAUUAUUUUCUAGAUUCAUCUAUUAAUCGUUUGGUCUAUAAAAUAUCAGAAAAUAGUGAAAAUUGAUCAUCUCUGUCUUGUUGUUUCAGUCCAAACCCAAAGAUAUUCACUUUAUUUUCAUAAAAACCGCAGGAAAAGCAAGAAAUCUCCACAUUUGAGGCUAAAAAACAGAAUUUUCUGUCAUUUUUGCAUAAAGAAAAUUACUUUAACCAUCAAUUAAUCAGCAAAAUAGGUGCCGAUUAUUUUUCUCUCGAUCAAAUCGUCGCAGCUCUUUAUGUAACCUCUUUUUAAAGAA